ACUGAAAAGUCAGUCCACACUGGAACACUGGACACAACAGUUAACGGAGUGAUAAUUAAUGAUCCCAUCGAUACUGAAAAAAAAUCUUACUUCUAAUUGAAGAGAAAAGAAAAGGUUUUUUUUAAUUGGAUUCCCCUGAAUGCGUGAGGAUGACGAGUCAUAAUGACUGUGUGAUAUAACUGGAACAUUUUGCCUCCAAAACUGGUGAAGAGAAUAUCCCCCUAGGAUCUAGUCAAAUCUGUUGUUGGAUUUUUUUUUAAUAACGUGAGUGUGAUUGCAAAGUGCGGAGUUUAUUGAGGAGUUUGGAAGAUCAGGGAGCCAGUGCGGAAUGGGUCGGGAGACACGGCCACUGGGUCGCGCUAGACCUGGGAAACUUUAUUUCUUCGUCGCUGGAUGUUUUUUGUUGUUGGUGCCGGUUAUUAAUGGCCAGGAUGAUGGAAGAGAUUACGCAAGGCCCGCCGAGCACUACGAUGAGCCUAUUGGAGAAUCAUUCUUUGGCCAAAAGUAUCGAAUUGACGAGCUUGACGGCGACUUGGACGACUAUCCUGGUAUCAGAAGGAAAGUUGUCAAAAUUCCAAUUGUCAGAACUACUGAAAAGCACAAGUACACCGUUGUAAGACGACGACCGCUCAUUACCUACACAAAGUCCUCACCAAUUGCUCAGGAAAUUCAACAGACGUCUUCUGUACCAAGACGCAUUGUCGUAACGAGAGUACGCAAUGUGGCGGCUAGAUCUCGGUACUUUUCAAAUUACGACGCAAAUUAUUACGAUGAACCUGAGGACUUUGAUGCCCCUAAGAGACACAAGGUCACCAUCACGCGCACGAGGAAGCUGAAGCCGACAGUGCGGGUUGAGCCUACGACGACACCAAGGAGAGUUGUAAGAAAGAAAUUGGUAAAUGUAAGGCCGAUCAUUACACCAACUCCUACGUACGCUAUUAUCACUACUGGGUUCUACGGGAUUCCCAGCCCAUCGGAUAAUGAGGAGGACUACGAGAGUGAAGAGGAGACUGUGGGAACUACACCGAGGGAUGGUGUUAAUGACAGUCGAUUGGUUAAUGACAUUGAUGAGACCGUGAAGUAUCCUCUGGAAGCUAGCACCGAAAAUGGGAAAAUUGAGGAACAGGUGGAAAAUGAAGAAGUUGAAGAUGUUGCGAUCACAACUGAAUCCACUCCAGUUAUCAUCACUGACCACUUCUUCUUCCCCGCUUCAGAUGAUGAAAACGAGGAUUAUGAUGAAGACGAAGAUGUAAAUUCCCCGGAGCAAACUACUUUAAGUGGCGCUGGUGAAAUCCCAGAGGAUGGAACCACUUCUAAGCCUGUUGAAAUGACUUCUGAAGUUCCUGAAGUAACAAGAGCUCCGGAAAUCGAUGAAUCUGAAGACCAAACCACGACGACGGUGACUGAAGAUCUAAAGUUACCUCCUCAAGUCAAAGAAGUGCUUGAGAAGGACGAAGAGCAAAUUUUACCUCCGCAAGUGAGAGAAGAAUCAUCUAAAGAAGAUGAAGGGACAACAUUAUCCUCACCAGUCAGAGAAGAGACCUCUGAAGAAGGAGAAAAGCAAACUUUACGUCCUGAAGAUGAAGAACAGUCAGAUAAAGAGGAUGAACAUCAAACUUUGCCUCCAGAAAUCAAAACGGAAUUGUCUGAAGAAGCAGACGACCAAACUGUACCUCCGAAGGUAAAAGAAGAGUCUAAAGAGGAUGAAGAGCAAACUUCAUCCCCGGAAGUCAAAGAAGAAUCGUCUAAACAACCCGAAGACCAAACUGUGUCCCCAGAAGUAGAAGAAGAGUCAGAUAAAGACGAUGAGGCGCGAACUUUACCCCCGGAGGUCAAAGAAGGAUCAUCCGAAGAAGGUGAAGAAAGGCGAGAAGAACAACAGCAACAAGAAGAAAAGGAAGUGGAGAAGGAAUCGCAGGAAGAGCUUCCAACAGAAAUGACAAUUGAAGGCUCCCUCGAACCCUCACCAUCUCCAGUUGUCUCAGAGUCGACAAUGUCGAAUGACUUUUCAUCAUCAAUGACAGAAUCUCCCAAUGAUGUGACAGGAGAUCUCCUGGAGUCUUCCCUAGAAAUCUUCUCCACAUCCACAUCGUCUUCUGAUAUCCUCACGGUAAUUCCUCCCGAAUUUCCCAGCACCUUCACCGAAGAGAUAACUCCAACAUCGACCAUCAGACUAUCCGAUAUCUCUAAAAACGCGACAACCGUUGUCUCCUCUUCCCCAACCCCCGAGGAAAUUGAAGCUGGCCUCUCCGACGAGCUCUACCUGUCCCUCUCGCGCCUCAAUAUCCCUGAUAUAUCAUCAUCUCGGGAUGUUGACAUAGGGGAGAAAGGUGUCGAGCCCACACCGACAGUCAUCUUCACAGAGACUGUUGUCACAUCCACUCGUUUGAGGACUUAUACUUACGUCGUGACGAAAUUGAAUGGACUCGAGACUGAGGUGACCUCCUCUACGACAGUUAGACCACGCGUUACAACACUGACACUCACUGUUCCCAUAACAAUUACCCCUUCCACCAUCACGGAUUCCAUGAGCUCCAGGACCAUUAUGACUGAUCAUUCGGAAAUUGGAAAUUCUAAUGUAGAAUUUAAAAUGCUGGAAGAGGGUGAGGGUAGACGUUUCAACCUCGCGACUAGAGUUAUGUCUAACGGCGUGGAGGUGAUAGUCGCCGGGCCAACGCCGGCAUUGCGAUGGGAAAAUUCCAAUCCUCAGCCGACGUUGACCCUCUCGGAUGCUGUGGUAAUGAUGAUGCCUCAGGAGGAUCCUAAUGAAUUCGUUACGAAGACCUGUACUACAACUUUCACCUAUUUGAAUACAAUAACGAAGGACGGAACGACGAUUGUGUCUACCGAUCAACAGGUCGUGGCAAAUACAGCAACAGAGGAGCGUCACCGAAAGCCAGGUUCUGAGUCGGCUGCAGUGACCCUGGAAGCUUCCCCCACGUUAAGAACAGAGGUCUUCAAAACCACCUACACAUAUCUUACCCUCAAUGCAGAGCAUCCAAACGCAGAUGAUGCCCUUGGGAGCAGCCAAAAGGUGAUUGCCAAUACAGUGACAGCACCGCAGCACUACCUGGAUAUGAUUCUGGAGCCAUCUGAGUCACAUUCACCAGCUCAAACGAAUACUUACCUCAGUACCAGGCUCCUCGAGAAAACAUUCGUCGAGGAUGGGGUGACGAAAAUAGCGACACUCAGUGAUACCAUUACGCGAUUGAUUAUCACGGAGUCGGCGCCCCCUCCGCCCCGUCCCAUAAGCGUCACCACGACUCUGACAGCUCUGGACAACCCAGAGGACUCCCUAACAGACAUAAUGAAGACCUACUACAUAACUUACACGUACGCCAACACCUACCUUGAGAAAGGAACACCAGUGGUCCGGACCAACGUGGCCACCUCCACCGACGUCACAGUGGAGAAAGUACCGAAGAAGACGACGUCCCCUCAGGAUAUCGUCUCUCCGAUUACCUCCACAGCGAACUCAGAUCCCAUCAAAAUCUUCGCCACGAAGACCUACCUGACGACCUUCACCUACUUCACGACGCUCCUUCAGGCAGGAGCCGACGGUGAAACAUCCACAACCAUUUCCUCCCGCUCUCACGUAGUAGAGAACGUCGUCACCGAGUCCAUUGCGCCCAGUUUACUCAACUCGGGAUACAUGAAUCUCCUGACAACAACUCAUCGUUCGGAUCCGGUGCAGAAUAUCGUCACAGGCUCUACCAUAAUAUUCUUCGAUGAUGAGGAUCAGAUCUAUCCGUCGUCUACUGCUAACCAUCCGUCUCCUUCAGCAUUGCCGGAUUCUUCGUUGGAACAUACCAGUGAAGUUCCAGAAGACCCUGGCUCGAAACCCGGAGCGAGCUCCGAUAACCACAGCGACAAGAACGACGACAUGGAGGACUCCGAAAUGAGUGGCUCUGAGAACGACGAGGUCCAGACAGAACUCGAGGAAGGUUCAGAGCGUCCGGUAUCAGGCCUGCUAAGUCUGGGUUCCCUAGGAAUCAACGGCCUGUCCGCUCUCGGUCCCGUCAUAACCGCAAUGGCCGGUCUCCUUCAAGGCAAACCAUCGUCCAACAACCGAAGGAAUGACACUUCCCUCCCGACAACUCCACCUCCUCCCCCAAAGGACACUAGCAACGCAAAUGUCAACGUCAAUGGAAACAUCAAUCACUUGAAUCAAAUUACCACCCAACGCUCGCCGAUCUACAUUCCAGUCUCGGAAUUCGCCGACGGUGACAUUGAAACAGCAGAGAGUCAGAAUAUAGUAACACAGCUGUCAAAUCCCAACUUCAUCCCGGAGACAAGGCACAAAGUGGCUGCGAGCCUCGUGGACGGUAUUCCAAUCUCACCAGGUGAGAUAAUAACAGCGAACAGUGACGUAAUCAUCGGAAAGCCUGGGAAGCUAUCACCCAGACCCCCCCAGACAUAUGAGGAUAGUGGACAAGUGAGUGGCCUGAAGCCUCCACCAGUGUCCGUCCCAAACAUUCCAGUCCACCCAGUCCUGGAGGUACUGCGGGAUGAGGGAGACACGAAGCCGUACCACUCUCUUCCACAGAAAAAGAUCUCCGACCUGUUGAACAAAAAAAUCCCCCCUAGAACAUCAUCGAAGCAUGAUAUCUUGGAGAACGAUCCGCUGCUAAGACCUCCAGGCAGACCGAACAUCGAGAAGUACGCGAAUCCCAAUAUAAAUCACAAGGAGCCACAGUGGUUAUCGGAUAAAUCUCGAAAGCCUUGGAGUUCAAAGGAUCCGAUAAUCUUGCCGCCUCCCCCGCCCUCAACGCCCCCAGCACCAUCAAGACUAGACAGUCAUCCCCACGUAUACCAUCACCAGGACGAGCCGACAAGGCCGGCGUGGGCGCAGAAGGAUCCGAUAGUCAGUGUGGACAGGCUGGAAAUCUAUUCCCCCAGCCAACAAGUGGCAGUUAAACCCCCAACGUUGACUGAGUCAUCUGAGCCGAUAAUUCAUCAAGUGCCUCACGUAAUCGACAGAUCGACAGGACAGCCACUACUGGUGAACAUCCAGCCGAGCCAAGUUGCCAACGUGGUAAUCCCCCAGGGCGGCACUCAAGCCCUGAUAUUUGGUGACACGAGUGAACCGCACAUCAGUGGACAGUACUUCGAUGAUCCCUCCCCGUAUCCUGAGCCGGAGAUCCCUCUGGAGCUCGACAAAGUUGAUGAAAACAUAUCACACUACAUGCUGCCCCCUCCAAACCCAUCGGGGAGCUACAAACUACCUGGCAAUAAUUACCUUCACACUAUACCAAUAUCGAAUUCGAAAAUCCAGGGGAACUUCUACGACAUUGUCAAGCCGGAGAAAACACCCUCUGACAUAAGGCUAAUUCAACGACCGGAUAUUCAUGGCCAGAGCCAGGGACACGUGCACACGGAGAUCCUGGUGCAUCAUUCGCCUGACAAUUUGAACAUGAGACAGCAAACAGCCCAGAACAGUCAGGGUUCGAUUUAUGUCGACCUGUCGCCCCCUCCGCCCCCCAGGGUGGAUUAUCACCAGCCACCGGUAAACAUCGAGCACCUACCACCCAGGAGAAGUGAGCCACCAUCACUGGAGUACCCCAGCCACAACUACCAUCGAUUCAAUUACCACGGCCACGAGAAACAAAUCAACAAGACACUGGAAAAUGAGGUAAUGAAGCAAAAGUGGAAGAGCGACAGGCACAAGACUCGAGUGCAGCACCGUCCGAGGCCGUCGGUGCUGAGGAGGCCUUAUCCCUCUCACGGAGGGAAGAUUAAGUUUCCAGGGAGACCUCAGCUACCGAAGUAUCCACAGGUCCCCAUCGAGAACCUCCAUAAGCUGGGGAAUAACAAGGAAACUCAGGAGAAGCCAUCGGGUGGAGCGAUUGGGUACCAACAUCCCCUGACCCACAUUCACCAUCACCAUCACCAUGUAGUGCAGCCGCAACAGCCACAAGUGGUGCAGCCACUACAGCCACAAGUAGUGCAGUCGCAACAGCCACAGGUGGUGCAGUUACCUCUGGACAUCAGUCCGCCCGAAAUUCAAAACUUUGGCCAGAUUUUGCCACCUGAGAAUGAAGCUGAGAUCUGGUCUGGGACGCAGACGGAGAAAACUAUCGACUCAGCGGCUGAGGAGUCCGAGGACAGGCCGAUGGGAUAUCCUAAGGGUGCAGAGGGUCAGGAAGGGCACGGGUUGCAUGGCGAAAAUCAAGAGAUUUAUCAAGAAGAUCAACAGGCCCAGGGACAGCAGGAAGAACAAACAGUUCCAGUCCUCCAGAUUGAAGAGAGUCAUCCUGUGACAGAAGAAUCACCGUCGACUGAAAUGCCUUCCUCUGUUGAAGGGGCCAACGCUCAACCAGAUUUCUAUGACUAUGAAAUCCAAAUGUCUCCGGGAGGCCAAGAGUCUUCAGCUAUUCCUGAAGACCAUAAUGCCGAACAUCAGGAACCCGAAGCCCCUCUCAAUGAUCACCAAGCUCAUGAAGUCCAACAUCAGGACCACGUGGAGCCUGCUCAAGAGUUCCCGAGCACCUCGAAACCUUCAAUGGACAGUCCUGACAAUUACGAAGUAAUCGAAGGAGUUGCGAUUCCUCAGUUCGAUUCUAAAACGUUAUAUGAAUUCCCCUCCGACGACACCAUCGACCUAAAGCCACCAGUGGAGCCUCCAAGAAGGAUAUCAACCCCUGAUGGUACGGAGGAACCCCUCCAGAUAUAUCCCGAGCCGCAUCCGCCAGGAGGUCACGCCCGUCCGCCCACUCACUGGGAUGGCCAAGACAGCCAGCAAAACUACCAGAAUCGCAAGAACUUGACACAAGUCCCAUCCACGUACUUCACCUCUCAACCAAGCCCUCAAUCGAUGAACAAGAAGUACAUAAACACCGAGACCCUGAGGAAGCCAGAAGUCAGUCCAUCAACUCGACCACACCCCGCCUAUCCCUACAUCAUCACGAAGCCGCCGGUAGUGCCUCGUCCCGUGUUAAUCUCUUCUGAGCCGCCCACUAAGACCAACCAAGAGGUCCUUAAGGACCACAGACCGCCCUCUCGACCAAUCAUAAUGCAGCCAGCGAUGCACAUCAACAAGGAAAAAGCCCCGGAGACCCUGGAGACAGCCUUCCAGACGAACUUCGCGUCUGCCGACGAUGUGGCCCAUGUGCCACAAAUAUCAAAGCCACAGCAGAAGCAGAAGACCCACCACAGAAUCGACUCGAAGGUUCCGUCAGAGGACAUGAUGCCACCGCCUCAGGUGAAGCCGCUACCCCCUCCGAAGGACUCGCAGAACCACGAAGAUGAUGAUCUCAAACCACCGCCAGUUGACACAAAUGUCUUGGGUAUGUCGCCUCCGCCAGUUUCCCUGAUACCAAGUGGUCGUCAGCCUCCCAAGUACAUUCCCCUCAAGGACUCCAGCAAGGUCGUCGGAGAAACCCCACCACCACCACCACCUCCACCUCCUCCCCCCAGUCCCUCCAGACCAAGUUACUCGAUGGUACCGCCCACAUACCCAAGACCAACGAAAUCCAGACCUUACCUAGUGCAGCUGCUGUCUCAGGACAUGGUACCACCACCUGUCAUCGAGUCCUCGAGAAUUGAAAUAGCAACAGUGCGACCGGCGAUCGCCGUAUCGGGGUCCAUUCAAAUUGGCACAGCUGUAGCAACGAGUCAUAUUCCAGUUAUGCAGGACGUCGAGUCAACGAUACCAAUUGUCCAUGGCACAGUGGAUCUUCCUGUGGUGAUGGACGUGUCCGACAUCAUGAAGACCAUCACAGAGACGAGGAAGCCGGAGUUGAUAAGUGUUUAUACGGUAAGACCCUUCGAGACUCGUCAGUUGGCGUCCAAGGUGUCAGUGCAGCCGACUCAGAUCUUGACGACCCUGGUGAUGCCAACGAGGAUAAGAACAGCGCCGAGCCACAGAGAGACGCACAAGAAGAUCAAUCCGUCGUCGUCUGUGCGACCGCAGGUGCACAUCACUCGGGUGAAUCCGGCCUUCGGUCCUCGGAAGUCAGUUAUCCUCGAGGGUAGUCGUCACAGUGUGUCUACUAGGAUCUCACCAACACCCACCAAGUCCCUCAAUCACUUCAGCAAUUUCCCCGCCAACUCCACCACCUCCCGGAACAUCGACAUCACGUCGGUGAGGAGAGGCUCGUCAUCGACGCAAGUACGUGUCGACAGCUUCGCAGAGAUGAAACCAAAGGCGGUAACACAUUUCAAGACGUUGACGGUUACCAGGACAGAAACGUCCGUUGUAGGCUCACCACCGACGACGAGGACGCUCCUGUUAACCAGCACCAUAACGUCGACAAUCGUGGAGACCGUCACGGAGACGUUGCUUCGGCCGACGAGUGUCGUCGUAACGUCUGUGACAACUGUCCUUCAAUCUGCCCAGUCAACAGCAAGUGUCUACGAUACCUAUAACUCCCCAGACAAUCUCGACUCGAUCUUCGUAGUGAUGUCCGAUCAGAAUCCUCCAUCACCAGGAGCUGAAGAAGUGGAGGCAGAGUACGGUGGUGAGGAGGAAGUCAGCCGGGACGAGCAAGACACAACGGGGAAUGAAAUACACAGAGUCCUAUCAGGAGGUAUCCUCGGAGCACCGGUAGUUCCGUCAGUGUCACACCCCCCGAUGCUACAGGAAUGCAAACCCGAGUGUCGGGGCUUUAAAUCAGAGGUGUGCGCAACAGUGGGAGGUAAACCGCGCUGUAUCUGUCGGCCCGGUUUUGCGAGAAUGUUCCCCGAUCGUCCUUGCAAACCGACCUACACGUACACCAUGAAACUACCACUGGAAAGAGUUGGACGGGAGGAAAUCAAGUACGAGAAGAUGGUGUUGAACAAUACUUCAUCAUCGGGAUUCAAGCGUCUUGUGUCGUCAGCUCAAGAAGCCCUCGAUCGGACGCUGAUGCAGAGCGAUCUGAGGGACAUCUACAGGGGAGUGGUGAUCACGAGAUUCCAUAAAUCCGAGGAUCAUCCUGCAGAGGUUGAAUUCCACGUGCAACUAACAGACAACGCUCACGAGGCCACUCUGAAGGAGACCAUGAAGAAGUAUCUCAUGUCAAGCAAUUAUUCGUUGGGAGGAACGCAUGUUUUUGCAUCGCCGAACCUCGCAAUGAUUGACGCGAGGGACUUUGACGAGUGCACCACCGAGGAAGGAGCUCCCCAUCACGAUUGCUCUCCUCACGCAGCUUGCUUCAACAUCCGCGGAUCUUACCAGUGCUCAUGCAAGGAGGGCUGGGCGGAUCUGUCGGAGAACCCGACGUAUCCUGGUAGAAUUUGCUCGCAGGCGCCAUUGGGAUGCGCCAGGUGCAAUAACAAAGGGAAUUGCAUCGGUAAUUCCUACGGGCAGGAGGUUUGCGAGUGCUUCCCCUGGCACAGUGGUCAGCGUUGCCAGGUGAAUCUCAAGGUCCUGCUGAUAGCACUGGUUACCACUGGAGCCAUUCUCCUGGGGCUGUUGGGGGUCUGUCUAGCCCUCGCCUGCUUCAGAACUCCCAGGUUGGCUGCGCAUAAGCUGAAGAAGGGACGACUCUCCGGGGACAAACGUGCGAUGAUUUCGAGUGUAAAUGGGGGGGAUACAAGCAGUGAGGGAAGUGUGGCGGAUCUUGCGAUUCCUCAUCACGUUCCUCAUGUACUGCCCCCUCCUCCCAGGGCGAAUGCUCCUGUGCCUCCGUUACCUCCGGCACCGCCGAAAGAAACGCAGAAGGGAAAGGGCCGGCACAAUUAUGCUAAGCAUCAUCAGAAGAAGUAUUCGGGAGAGGUAGGUGGCGAGGAUCAGAGGGGACUGAGUGUUAUGAUACCGAGGGCCAAGUACAGGUCAAUGGGACAGGGCCAGUACAAACAGCCCAUCACGUCCUUUUCAGCUGAUGAACACAAGUUGAUUAGUUACCUCGAGGGGAGCAACAGAAAGCAGAGUCUCGCUAGUACGACGAAGGAGUUCAUGAAGAGGGAUUUCGAGGAGUCUACCAUCAGGGUCGUCAAGAGUCCUCCAAACACUGGGGCCCUGGUGAGUGCCGGCUUCCAGGUAUCAGCGACAGUUACUAGGGCUGCCGAUGAUGAUUCCACUAUUGGGGAGGGAACUCUCGAGCCCUCGACUCUGAAGACGUUGAGGAGUGUGGACUAUCAGGACGGUACGUCGACACUGGCUAGGUCGUGCGAGGCCACCACCAUUCAGGCGACGACGAAACUCAUCAGACUGGAUCUUGCGGAGGACGACGGAGAGAACUCCGGGAAACAGAAUAGUCGGGGGUCUAAGGAUACUAGGGACGCGAGAGACAGCGCCAGUGAGGGACCCAUUACAGCGGAGAGGGAUCUGGGGAGCACGCUCAGACUACGGCAUACGCCGUUGUAUAAUCCAGACAGAGCGGUCAGCGAUCGUGACUCUAACUUUGAUUCGCUGUGAGAGUCAACUGUAUUCGGUGUUGCCAAAUAAUUUUGUUACAGAAAAUUGCAAAGAAAAGAACAAAAAAACAUUAAUGGACGAAUAAUAAUUUUUAUAGAGAGCCUUCGCGAUUCAUGGAAUGGUAUUAUGAAUCACCGAAGUGCCGGCCAUAACUAAAGACAAUAUCUGAGAGAGUAUCACACUCUGGUCAUCUGUACGACGCCUAUUUAUUUAUGUAAUUGUUACAAAUAUUAUAUAUAUAUAGAUUUAUAAAUUUUUAUACUAAUUGGGCUCAGUACGAUGCGGUUAACAAUUGUGUCACACAUUUUCGUGCCAAAACUUAUAUAUAAUGUUAAUGAAAAACAAUUGAGAUAUUGAAUUUCAAUGGAAAUUAUCAUUACAAAGAUGAUCGUGCGGAAAGGGAACCUAUUAAAAUCUUGUUAUUGUUAUAAUUCUUUAAAACCUAAAUUUAUUGUUUACUCGAGUCGUCUCAUGUUGCUCAGCUUCGUGCAAAUGUUGUAUCAGAUAUCUAUUUCUAAAUCUAUUGUUCAACGAAACUGUGCAACGUCAUUAUCACGACUUUAAUUAAAAAUGGGGGAGCACAAGUGUUUGAAUAGUUUCAAUCGUUUUUAUUUUCAUUGAAAAAUAAUAAAUGAGAAACACUAGGAUAAUUAUUGUCAAUUUUUUUCCUAAUUCAUCCUGGAGGGCGAGUUAUUAUUAAUGCAAUUAACAUGAGUUAAAAAAUCAACUGAAGAUUGUGCUAAUUCGAGUUAACUCAUCAGUUAGACGAUUAAUGAUAUGUACGAUUGGCGUGUGGCGUUUUUACAUUGAUAUUAUUAAUCGAUAAUCGGUGAAACGAUUUUUUCUUCUGUACAUAUUGACUACUGUUAAGUCUCUUUACUGAUAAUUAUUGUAUUUUUAUUGUUUUAUCAGGAGAUUAGACAUGUAAUUGUUUGAAUCUUGACAAUAAAAGAAAAUUUAAUACAA